CCGCCUUCGUGUCUCCUUUCUCAGACCGCCCUCCCCACCUCUGAACAAAUUUAUCAUCGAGGGCGGUCAAAGACAAACGAGCACGACACAUACUACCAUGGAGCGGUUCAUCGCCACCUCCCUCAGCCUCCUCCUCCUCCUCCUCUCCUCCGCGGCCGCCGUCGAGGGCCGCAUGAGCCGCGUCGCCGUCUUCGACCACCACGUGUUGAUCGGCGGCGACGAGCUCGCGACGGCAUGCAACCAGGUGCACUUCAGGACGAUGUGCUGGAGACUGACGAAGCUCCCCGGCGUGGCGACGCCCCGGCAGCUGCUGCUGGCGUCGAUCCGCGUGGCGUCGGACAAGGCGAGGGAGGCCAAGCUCCGGGUGGAGGAGUACAAGGCGAGGACGCGCGCGGCCGGGCCGAUGGCGUCCAUCACCGACACUUGCCGUGACGCGUACGACAGCGUGGUGCAGUCGCUGGAGGAGACGCGGCAGCUGGUCGAGGCCAACGAGGGCACAGACUUGGACCUCAAUGUCCAGGUGUCGGGCGCCGUCACGAGCGCCGACGGCUGCAGCGACGCCUUCGCCGACUUCCCGGACAUCCAGUCGCCCUUCGCCGCCAUGCAGCGGAACGUCUACCGCCUCGUCGACAACGUUCUCAACAUCGCCGUCGCCGUGCAGCACGCCGGGGCGCACCAGGCGAAACUGCCCGUCGGGCCGCACGCGCACUGAGCUAGACGAUGGGGCGGCCGGGCUGUAAACAAAUUAAAGGGCAGGGGACAGGGGUGGUGGUGCUGCAUGUACCGAUCUCCCGCACCUGAUGAAUAUAUAUGAACAACAAAGGCUUGAGGGAAAAAAUUACUGUACUAGACGUAGUAGUGUAAGUUGAUGAGUUACUAACACGGAAUUACAGGUU